AUGCAGCAGCCCUUGAAUUACCAGUACCCCCACAUCUACUGGGUGGACAGUGAUUCCAGCUCUCCAUGGGCCUCUUCAGAGUCCGUCUUCUGUCCAUCUUCUGUGCCUGGCAGGCCGGGACAGAGGAGGCCACCCCCACUGCCACCUUCAACACUACCACCACCGCUGCCACCGCCACUGCAGCCUGCACCACCACCUCUGUUGCCUGGACCACCACCUCUGUUGCCUAGACUACCACCACCGCCUCUGAAGAAGAAGAGAGACCACAAUACAGGCCUGUGUCUCCUUGUGAUGUUUUUCAUGGUUCUGGUGGCACUGGUUGGACUGGGUGUGGAGAUGUUUCAGCUCUUCCACCUGCAGAAGGAGCUGGCUGACCUAAGACAGUCCUCCAUUCAAAGGUCCACCCCAUCGCUGGAUAAGCAAGUAGGUGACCGAAGUCCACCCUCUGAAAAACUGGAGCAGAGGAAAGUGGCCCAUUUAACAGGAAAGCCUGACUCAAGAUCCAUCCCUCUGGAAUGGGAAGAUACCUAUGGAGUUGCCCUAGUCUCUGGGGUGAAACAUAAAAAGGACAGCCUUGUGAUCAAUGACACGGGCCUGUACUUUGUAUAUUCCAAAGUGUACUUCCGGGGUCAGUACUGCAACAACCAGCCCCUGAACCACAAGGUCUAUGUGAGAAACUCUAUUUAUCCCUGGGACUUGGUGCUGAUGGAUGAGAAGAUGAUGGACUACUGCACGAAUGGGCAGAUGUGGGCCCGCAGCAGCUACCUGGGGGCAGUGUUUAAUCUCACCAAUGCCGACCAUCUGUAUGUCAAUGUAUCUGCACUUUCCCUUGUCAAUUUUGAGGAAUCUAAGACAUUUUUUGGCUUAUAUAAGCUCUAG